AUGGUAGCAUUGUUUCACGAUAUGAUGCAUCAAGAGAUUGAGGUCUAUGUUGAUGAUAUGAUUGCAAAUACCCGACCCAAGAAAAGCUAUGUUGAAACCUUUAAGAAGUUGUUUGAUCGACUUCGUGAGUUCAAGUUUCGACUAAAUCCCGCUAAAUGUGUGUUCGGAGCGACAUCCAAUAAAUUACUCGGAUUUAUUGUGAGCAAUAAGGGGAUCGAGAUUGACCCAUCCAAGACUUUUCUCGUGACUGAGAACAAUCAUAUCAAGUACUUGCUUGAUCGGCCAGCUUUGAUGGCUUGCAUUCUUGGGCUUCAAGCUGCAAUUGAGAUGGGUGUGGCCAAGUUAAGAGUAUUCGGAGAUUUUGCGCUAAUCAUAUUGCAGACUAUAGGUGAAUGGAAGACCAAGGAUGCCAAGUUGCUCCCGUACCGCGAGUAUUUAGAAGAUGUGGUAAAGGAGUUCGAGGAAAUUUCGUUUGAAUACUUGCCAAUGUCUCAUAAUCAAUUUGCAGAUGCACUCGCAACUUUGUCUUCUAUGCUGCAAGUCACUGACGGAUUAGAAGUGGAGCCGUUGAAAAUAGAGGUUUUGCCAAAGCCGGCUUAUUGCAUGAUCAUGACUAGAGAACCUGAUGGGAGACCAUGGUAUUACGAUAUCAUGAAUUAUAUUCAGAAACAAGAAUUCCCCGAAGGAACUAAAGCCACUCAAAUCAUGCAAGAAGUUCACGAAGGAGUAUGCGGCCCUCAUAUGAACGGGCACAUGUGGGCUAAAAAGAUUAUGAGAUUAGGCUACUACUGGCUCACACUAAAAUGUGACUACUAUUUCUCCAAAUGGAUCGAAGCUACAUCCUUUGCAAGUGUUACUUCCCGCAAUGUUGCGAAGUUCAUCAAACGUGACAUAAUUGCUCGCUAUGGAAUUUCUGAAGCAAUCAUCACUAAUAAUGGGACAAAUUUGAACAACAAAAUUGUUGAUGAGUUGUUCAGAGAGUUCAAGAUCAAGCAUUUGAAUUCGUCUCCUUACCGCCCUCAAAUGAACGGGGUUGUUGAAGCGGCCAAUAAGAACAUUAAGAAGAUCUUGGCUAAUACAACUGAGAAUUAUCGAGAUUGGCAUGAUAGAUUACCCUUCGCACUAAUGGCGUACCGAACAUUGAUUCGUACUUUUACUAGGGCAACCCCUUUUGCUCUAGUGUACGACAUGGAGGCAGUUUUGCCUAUGGAAGUGGAAAUUCCCUCUUUGAGAGUUUUAUCCCAAGCGGAGUUGUUUGAGGCUGAAUGGUCGCAACAAAGACUUGAGCAAUUAAACUUGAUUGAUGAGAGGAGACUAAAGGCUCUCUGCCAUGGCCAAACUUAUCAACAAAGAGUGGCCAGAUCCUUCAAUCGAAAGGUACGACCGAGACAUUUCCAGGUAAAUGAUCAUGUUAUAAGGAAACUGUUGCCAAUUUUUCUGGAUCCCGGUGGGAAGUUCGCUCCAAAUUACAGUGGCCCAUAUGUGGUGAAGAAGGUACUUCCUGGAAGUGCUUUGAUCUUGCGAAAUGGAUGGUCGUGA